CUUGCUGCGAUUCUGAUGGCUCCCAUCGGUCACUUCCGUGGCCUCCUCUCCAUCAAUGCAUCUAAAAGCGGGGCUGCGAGUUCUCUGUCCACGCCCCACUGGUCCUACUUGGGGGGCUGGGACCCUGGCAAAGAGUCAGUCAAUGCAAUGCUGUUCAUUCUGAUCAAAGACCAACACAAAUGCCACGCCAAGCUCAUGUGCAAAUGGAAGGGCUCACCCUCCUAAAACCCCGAGGAGGGGAGCCACCUAAGGCUUGCCCUGCUACACCCACGGGGGCGGGCGGGAAGCCACCACACGCCCCACCCUGGCCUGGUUGGAAGGAGCUCCACCGGAGCUGCGGACAAGCCCAGUGAGGUUUCUCCCCCUGCCGGAGAAGGCCAGACCGCCGGGAUACCCCCAGAGGACCCCCCAGAUGACACGUUGCCCCCCGCCCAGAAGAUGAGACCGGGUUCCCCCACUCUCCGGGCUUGGACUCCAUCCUGGACGCUGUCCAGAUUCACAUAAACGUGGAACCGAAGGAGGACAUGCAUCUACUGGCAGCUCGCGACUAAUUCAAUAACAAAAGCAAAUAUUUAUAGAUCGCUUCCAGAGUGGUUUACACAGAGAAAUAACAAACAAAUAAAUCAGGUGGAUCCCUGUUCCUGAGCGGCUCACAAUCUCAAAAGAGACCUAAGAUAGACACCAGCAACAGCCACGGGAAAUACGGUGCUGGAGGCGGAGAGGGCCAGUUGCUCUCCCCCGGAUGAGUCCCUUCUCAGGUUGCCUUUCGCAACACUGGGCCAGGUCUGUGAGCCACACUCCUGCGUGCACGCAGAGGGACACGGGGAGCUGCCUUCUCCUCCUCCCGAGUCAGACCCUCGGCCCACCCAGCUCAGUCCGUUCUACCCGGACGGGCAGUGGCUCUGCAGGGAUUGAAUCUGGACUUCCUGUGUGCAAAGCAGGCGCUCUGUUGCUGCUGAGCUGCAGCCACAUUCCUGCCUGCUGCCGGCCCGGGUUUGUCAGACCAUCCUGCCUUCUGCAUGCAAAGAGGGUCUCUGUUGCCACUGAGCUGAGCCGUGACCCAGAGCCCACCCCUUCCCCAAAGAUUCCCUGCAGCCUCUUGGAGGACUCAGUGCAGGGAUGAAAAGCCAGCCAGCCUGCCUAAGCCUGCUGCUUGCUAGAAGGACAAGCCAGAUGCCUGGAAGCCACUGAUUCUUAUGCGGAGGAGUGUCUGGCACGGCCCAUUCACACCUCCUGGCCAUCCAGAGGCUCUAUUCAACUCCCCCACCCAGCAAUCAACUCCCUGCUGAUGGAGGGAAACCCUCUGGCCUGUCCAGGGCGAAGAGAGCUCUCCUGCUUGCUCUCCAGGGAGACAUCCAGAGGGAAGUGCCAGAAGCAAAAGCCUCCUCUGGAUUUAGUUGGCGAAGAAGAGCCUGCAGAAGCCGAGGAGAGCCCUCCUUCAGACUGCCAGCACCUCCCUCAGGACGUUAUCUGAGCAAUCUGGCCUGGGCCCUUGUGCAGAUAAGGAGGCCUUAAGGCCCUUUCCCCCGCCACACACAGACGCAUCCUGUCUUCCCAAAGGACUGGAACUGCUGUGUUUUUCUCCACCUGCUGCUGCUCUAUUUCAGAAGAGGAGGUCGUGGGUGCCGGACGGAGGGAGGUGAGCCGAGGCCGGUGACCAGGAGGACAAUGCAAGUGACAGAUGGGCUCCGUGAAGCUUCAUCUGCUGUCCCACGGCAGCUGCCAUGUCCGAGCGGGAGGAGCGGCGCUUCGUGGAGAUCCCGCGCGAGUCAGUGCGGCUGAUGGCGGAAAGCACUGGUGUGGAGCUGUCAGAUGAGGUGGCCGCCUUGCUGGCUGAGGAUGUCUGUUACCGCCUUCGGGAAGCCACCCAGAACAGUUCCCAGUUCAUGAAGCACACCAAACGCCGGAAGCUGACGGUGGAAGAUUUCAACCGGGCCCUGCGCUGGAGCAACGUGGAGGCAGUGUGUGGCUACGGUUCUCAAGACGCCCUCCCGUUCCGGGCCAUUAAGGAGGGAGAGCUCUACUUCCAGGAAGACCGCGAAGUCAACUUGGUGGAGCUGGCCCUGGCCACCAACAUCCCCAAGGGCUGCGCCGAAACCGCCGUGAGAGUCCACGUCUCUUACCUGGAUGGGAAAGGGAAUCUGGAGCAACAAGGAUCGGUGCCCAGUGCUGUCUCUGCCUUGACGGAUGAUCUGCUGAAGUAUUACCAGCACGUCACCCGGGCUGUGUUGGGGGACGACCCCCAGCUGAUGAAGGUCGCCCUUCAGGACCUGCAGACCAACUCGAAGAUCGCAGCCCUCCUGCCGUAUUUUGUUUACGUCGUAAGCGGGGUGAAGUCCGUGAGCCACGACCUGGAGCAGCUGAACCGCCUUCUGCAUGUGGCCAAGAGCCUCAUCCAGAACCCCUACUUGUGCCUGGGCUCCUACGUCAAGAGCCUCAUCGCCAGCGUCAUGUACUGCGUCCUGGAGCCUCUGGCCGCCUCCAUCAACCCCCUCAACGACCACUGGACCCUGCGGGAUUACGCCGCCAUGCUGCUCGGGCACAUCUUUUGGACUCACGGGGACCUGGUGAGCGGCCUCUAUCACCAGAUCCUUCUCUCCCUCCAGAAGGUGCUGGCGGACCCCGUCCGCCCCCUCUGCUCGCACUAUGGGGCAGUGGUGGGGCUGCAUGCCUUGGGGUGGAAGGCAGUGGAGCGGGUCCUGUAUCCCCACCUCUCCACCUACUGGUCCAACCUGCAGGCCGUGCUAGACGAUUACUCGGUGUCCAAUGCUCAGGUGAAGGCCGACGGCCACAAGGUGUACGGUGCCAUUCUGGUGGCAGUGGAGCGCCUCCUGAAGAUGAAGGCCCAGUCCGUGACGGCGCCAGUCCAGGCCGAGGGGGGCGCGGGCGGGGAAGGGCGCCCACGGGAAGGCGGCCCCUGGCUCAGCCCCCUCCAGGACCCCCAGGUGGAGUUUGGCUUUGGGAUCGCCAGCCACCUGCUGCAGCUGGGCAGCGGGGGGCCCCAGGCGGGCGUGGGCCUCUCCGCCCACCCCCCGGCCGUCUCCUUGAACGACAUUUACCAGGAGCUCUACGGCUUCUUUGGGGACAGCCUGGCCACCCGCUUCGGCACGGGCUCCGGCCUGUGCCCGGUCGAGCCCCAGCUGGCCAGCGCCCCCCGAGUGGCGGACCCCAAGAAGGAGCAGCCGGCCUUCGGGACCAGCGACGCGGUGCGCAAGAUGCCCCAGCUGACCGCCAACGCCACCGUCAGCCCGCGGGGGGAGGAGAGCCCCCGCGGGGACUUCCUGGCCAGCCGCCUCCCGCUGCCGCGCUCGGCCAGCCUGCCCCGCUCCCGCAGCAACGCCUCCCGCCAGCAGGGGCACCGGCCGGGCAUCCGGGACGUCUUCCAGAAGUGCCGCUUCUCCCCCCAGGGGCCCCCUCGCUUCAGCUUUGUCAUCGCCGGCCGCCAGGCGGAGCGGCGCUGCCAAGGGCGCCUCUUCCAGACCUGCUUCCUGCAGCACCACGGACCCAGCCCCGUCUCCCGCUACGCCCAGAAGCUGCCCAUGAUUGGCAGGACCAGCAAGCCGGCCAAGAAGUGGGCCCACUCCGAGUAUUCCCUCUACCUGCCGCUCUGAGGCGCUGUCCUCAGGGGGAGUGUGGCGUCGUCGGCACCGCGCUCCUCCGGCCCAUCGUGCUACCCUGAGCAUCGUACCUCCGACACGUGGCGAUACUUUGGGCAUGGUACGAUCACUCCACGCUUCGAAGCAUUACGAUACCUUGAGCGUCAUCAUGCUCUGGCACAUUAUACCUUGAGCAUCGCACGAUACCUUGAGCAUUGUAUGAUACCUUCAAAGCGCCACGCUUCGAAGCAUUACGAUACCUUGAGCAGCAUCAUGCUCUGGCGCACGAUACCCUUGAGCAUCGCACAAUACCCUUGAGCAUCGCACGAUACCCUUGAGCAUCGCACGCUACCUUCAAAGCGCCACGCUUCGAAGCAUUACAAUGCCUUGAGCACUGGAAUGCUUCUUCGGGGCUGCCCUCUGCCCACGGCAAAGAUGGUGGUAGCGUUGUGGCCUCUGCGGACUUCAGAUUCCCGAAGACUUCAGAUUUCUGCUUCUAUCAGCGCUACUUUUUCCAGAGCGGGAUUUCCAAGUGACAUUGCUACCUCCUUGUGCAGAGAGGCCAAGCAAACUAGCUUUUUCUAGGGACCUUGGUUCAUCUGAGGGAUUUUGCGCUGGGACCUUCCACUCCUAAAACGGGAGUGGGGUGGUGGAUUUCUAUUGAAUAGGAUUCCUUUCCAAUUUGGGGUGGAUUCAAAUGGGUUUUCCCAAUAUCCACUGCCUGUAACAAUUCCUGCAAUUCAACUUCUCCUGAUGUCCAGAAUGUGGAUCGUUCUCCCUGAUUCGCACAGCCUGAAGAUCCUUCAGACUGCAUAAGAAGAAGAAAACUGCUUAAGCCUACACUUUUUUUAGAGUGAGGCGCUCUUGUGGGAAUUGGGGAGGGUUGCCACCUUUCUUCCUAGCCCAUGCUCCUGUGCUUUGGACAGCGCCCCCCCCCAAAGGUAGAAAUUUAGCAGGCACAACUUUUCCUAGCAUGGGGUGGGGGUGGGGGGAAGAGGUGGGGAAUGUCACCCACUAAAUAUCUGUAUGCUCAGCUGCUGUUUCAGGGCAGAGGAGCAAAAUUGUCUCACGAGCAUGGCAACCCUACAACCAGCAAGGAAAGGAUGUGUCUUUUCUGUUUGUGGGGAGCCUGCUCCAGCGUUUGUUUAUCAAAGUUCUGAAGGAAAAUCCUGCCUGCUUCAGUUUUUUUGUUCCACCACCAUAGACCUCCCUGGCCUGUUUCCUGUAGGGUUUGGGACUCCCUUCACCGACAGAGCUGCCUGUCAAAUUACUAUUGUCAGAUUACUUCUUUUUCAUGCUCGGCAUAAACCCCCAUCUCAAGGCUCCGGAUUACCGCGGACAAACCCAGUUGAAUGAGAAUCGGAAUUCGGUUUGGAAGAUGCUCAGACCUCCCUCCCACCCACCCACCCACCUUCCACACUUGGUGACUUUUUUAAAAGUAGCAGCCGUCUUAGGUGGGCGAUAGAUUCCUAAGUUGUAUGAAAGUCCCGCAAAGAAGCUACUUCUUGUAAUGUGUGUGAGGGUGAGUGAAUAAAAAUGACAUUCUUUCUA